AUGAACGACUUGGAGCGUCAAGUCACGUUUGAACUCUCAGCGAUGAUGAAGAGAAAUGGAUCUGCUAUUGCUUCUUCGGUCUGGAGAAGGUUAUUUCCUCACAACUGCCUCUCAAAAGGUACUUGUCUUCCUACUACUACUACUACUUUUCUCUCUCUAAACCCAAACCCAUUAUCGCAUGUUCAUUAUACAGUUUCAUUUCACUCUCAUUCUUCUACUUCGGAUCGUAAAUCACUGACCCAGAAACCUAGAAUUGGGUUUUACAAUAUUAAUAAUCUCCAAGACGCUCUCAAUUUAUUCAAUCGAAUGCUCCAAACGCGACCUUUGCCUUCUAUUAUUGAAUUUAAUCAGCUUCUAGGGUUUAUUACCAGAAUGAAACAUUACUCUACUGUUGUUUCUCUCUACAAACAAAUGCUUGUGUUGGGUAUAUCUGUUGAUGAGUACACCAUGAACAUUGUAAUAAACUGUUAUUGCUACCUCAAUCGAGUCGAUUUUGGAUUUGCUACCUUAGGCGACCAACUUAAACGUGGUUGUUGUGCACCUGAUGUCACUACAUUCAACACCCUGAGAAAAGGGCGUUUCUUAGAACAUAAAAUUGCCGAGGCAAUGGGGUUAUUCAACAAGCUGUUGAGGGAGAAUGAGAUUGAGCCUGAUAAAAUUAUGUAUGCAACAGUGAUAAAUGGUCUUUGCAAAGCAGGGAAUACUAGCACGGCCAUUGGGCUACUUAGGGCUAUCAAGAAAACAAGGGCUAACUUAGUAAUGUAUAACGCCAUAAUCGAUAGUCUUUGCAAGGACAGAAUGGUAGACGAUGCUUUGGUCCUUUUCUCCGAAAUGAUUGAGAAAGACAUAUUGCCUGAUGUUAUCGCAUACAAUUCAUUGAUUCACGGACUUUGCAAUUUUGGUCGAUGGAAAGAGGCUAAAAGACUAUUGAAUGAGAUGGUGGAUCUGAAAAUUUUUCCAGAUGUAUAUUCCUUCAAUAUUUUGGUAGAUGCACUUUGCAAAGAAGGGUUGGUAAGAGAUGCAGAGAGUAUACUAAAAAUCAUGAUUCAGAGAGGUGAGAAUCCUGAUGUAGUCACUUACAAUGCUUUGAUCGAUGGAUAUUGUUUGCAAGGCCAGAUGGAUGAAGCGAUGAAAGCAUUCAAUUCCAUGGUGGACAGGGAUAUUGUGCCUAACACCAUCACCUUUAACACUUUAAUCAAUGGAUAUUGCAAGCAGAUGAAGAUUGAUGAGGCCAUCCAUCUCUUGCGAGAAAUGCCUUGUAAAGGAUUGGAACCCACAAUUGUCACUUACACAACGAUGCUGCACGGGUUGUUCCAAAAUGGUAGAUGUGCUGCAGCAACAAAGCUUCUGAAUGAGAUGCAAGAUAGAGGUCAAAUUCCAAGUACUCACACUUACUGUGUCGUGUUGGAUGGCCUAUGCAAAAACGGACACAUUUCUGAAGCGUUGUCAAUAUUUCACUCGAUGGAAAGCAAUGGAUUAAAUUCUCGUAUUUCUAUUUACAGUAUCCUCAUUGAUGGACUUUGUAAGAAUGGAAAAUUUGAUGUUGCUUGGGGUCUUUUUGAUGAACUUUCCUUCAAAGAGAUGCAGCCUGAUGUUAUUACGUAUAGUAUACUUAUACAUGGACUUUGUCUAGAAGGACUGCUGGAGAAAGCUGAAGAGCUGCUCAGGAAAAUGGAAGAGACUGGUUGCUUGCCUAAUAGUGUCACUUACAACACUAUAGUCCAAGGAUGUAUUAGGAGAAAAAAGUGUGACAAGGCAGUGGCACUUUUAGAGGAAAUGACCAAGAAGGGUUUUUCAGUGGAUGCGUCUACUUUUUCUAUGUUACUGCAUCCACUCUACACUACUGGUCAAGACCCUGCACUCCUCAAAAUGAUUCAGAAGUUCGUGCCAAAGGAAAACAUGGACAUCCUAGUUAGUUCAAACUUCAAACUUCAAACUUCGGAGGGAUUACAACUGCUAGUGACUCUUGAUGGUGAUAGAUUCAUGAACGACUUGGAGCGUCAAGUCACGUUUGAACUCUCAGCGAUGAUGAAGAGAAAUGGAUCUGUUAUUGCUUCUUGGGUCUGGAGAAGGUUAUUUCCUCACAAUUGCCUCUCAAAAGGUACUUGUCUCUCUCUAAACCCAAACCCAUUAUGGCAUGUUCAUUAUACAGUUUCAUUUCACUCUCAUUCUUCUACUUCAGAUCGUAAAUCACUGACCCAGAAACCUAGAGUCGGGUUUUACAAUAUUAAUAAUCUCCAAGACGCUCUCAAUUCAUUCAAUCAAAUGCUCCAAACACGACCUUUGCCUUCUGUUAUUGAAUUUAAUCAGCUUCUAGGGUUUAUUACCAGAAUGAAACAUUACUCUACUGUUGUUUCUCUCUACAAACAAAUGCUUGUUUUGGGUAUCCCAGUUAAUGAGUACACCAUGACCAUUGUAAUCAACUGUUAUUGCCACCUCAAUCGAGUCGAUUUUGGAUUUGCUACCUUAGGCCACCUAUUUAAACGUGGUGGUUGUGCACCAAAUGUGACUACAUUCACCACUCUGAUGAAAGGGCUUUUCUUAGAACAUAAAAUUGCGGAGGCAAUGGGGUUAUUCAACAAACUGUUGAGGGAGAAUGAGAUUGAGCCUAAUGAAAUUAUGUAUGGAACAGUGAUAAAUGGUCUUUGCAAAGCAGGGAAUACUAGCAUGGCCAUUGGGCUACUUAGGGAUAUCGAGAAAACAAGGGUUUCUAGGGCUAACUUAGUAAUGUAUAACGCCAUAAUCGAUAGUCUUUGCAAGGACAGAAUUGUAGACGAUGCUUUGGUCCUUUUCUCCGAAAUGAUUGAGAAAGACAUAUUGCCUAAUGUUAUCACAUACACUUCAUUGAUUCACGGACUUUGCAAUUUUGGUCGAUGGAAAGAGGCUAAAAGACUAUUGAAUGAGAUGGUGGAUCUGAAAAUUUUUCCGAAUAUACAUACCUUCAAUAUUUUGGUAGAUGCACUUUGCAAAGAAGGGAUGGUAAGAGAUGCAGAGAGUAUACUUAAAAUCAUGAUCCAAAGAGGUGAGAAUCCUGAUGUAGUCACUCACAAUGCUCUGAUCGAUGGAUAUUGUUUGCAAGGCCAGAUGGAUGAAGCGAUGAAAGCAUUCAAUUCCAUGGUGGACAGGGGUAUUGUGCCUGACACCAUCACCUAUAGCACAUUAAUCAAUGGAUAUUGCAAGCAGAUGAAGAUUGAUGAGGCCAUGCAUCUCUUGCGAGAAAUGCCUUGUAAAGGAUUGGAACCCACAAUUGUCACUUAACAAUUAUGCUGCAGGGGUUGUUCCGAAAUGGUAGAUGUGCUGCAGCGAAAAAGCUUCUGAAUGAGAUGCAAGAUAGAGGUCAAA